GCGGGCGGUGAGGGCGACAUUGGUGGCGUCGUCCUCUGCCCCCUUCCCCGGGGGCGAGAUGUCGGGGCUCAGCCACUUAGAGUCGGAAGGCUGCCGGAAUCUACUCGGCAUGCUGGACAAUGACGAGAUCAUGGCCCUUUGCGACACCGUCACCAACAGCCUGGUGCAGCCUGUGGACCGCCAAGAUGCUAUUCGUGCAAUAUUAGUGUACAGCCAAAAUGUAGAAGAACUUCUGAGGCGCAAAAAAGUCCACCGAGAAGUCAUAUUUAAGUAUUUGGCAACACAAGGGGUGGUUGUACCUCCAACUACUGAAAAACAUGGUCUUAUUCAGUAUGCAAAAAGUUACUGGGAAGAACAGUCUCCAAAACUGAAGGAGACGGCAGAGCCAGUUAAAAAGACGGAGGACAGCCAGCUCUUUGAGCAGCAGGCAAAGGAAGAUAAAGAAGCUGAAAAGGUUGAUUGUCGUCGCUUAGGAGAAGAAUUUUGUCACUGGUUCUUUGAACUUCUUACUUCUCAGAAUCCUUUUUUGGGACCACCUCAGGAUAAAUGGGGCCCACAGCACUUCUGGCAUGAUGUGAAGCUUAGGUUUUAUUAUAACACCUCAGAACAAAACAUGACAGACUACGAAGGAGCAGAAAUGGUGAGCCUUCGUUUACUGUCAUUGGUGAAAGAGGAAUUUCUUUUUCUCAGUCCCAACCUUGAUUCUCAAGGACUAAAAUGUGCGUCUUCUCCUCAUGGACUAGUUAUGGUUGGAGUUGCAGGGACUGUCCACCGCGGAAAUUCUUGUUUGGGCAUAUUUGAACAAAUUUUUUUUUUAUAUUUUUCCUGUGGUUUUUUUUUCAGUUACUACUGUACUUUAUUGUGUUCAACCAAAUCACCAUGUUACAAAAAUAGCAAGCUGCCAUAAUAAAAAAUAAGGCUCCUCUAUCCAGCACCAGAUAGCAUCAUUUUACUUUCAAGCCUAGAAAUUGCACACUUGUAUAUAAACCAACCGAAGAUGAGGAUUGAGAGU